UGGAACCGAUCACAAAGCGCCAAAUAAAUUGUCCCACGGUGGGAACAAGAUGGGGUAUUUAAACCUGUGGCUUCGCUCCAUUGUGCUCAAUCCUACAAUGGCGCGAUUCAAUGUGAUCUGGUUGAUUCUCAUUAGUGCAAAUUUUUCUCAUGGAGUUGUGUUGAUGGAGCCACAAAUUGUGCUGGAGCUCUUUCAAGAUCCAUAUUGUAUCAGUUUGAUCCAAGACGAGUCCCAGCCAUUUCAAAUGCAAACAAUAUCCAAGAAAAUCACUAUAGCGAACCUAAAUCGCAUGGACGGUCACCAAGGGCGAUUUUGCCACGCUGUUUUUGUCUCGUUGGAUUUGGAAGUAUUCCUCGCAUCGUUGGCAAACCACAGUUCUCUGUUCCAUAAAGAUAGUGCCCAAUUCAUCAUAAUGGUUCAAAAUCGAUCGUGGAGGAAGCUUCUGAUGGGAUCCAGAUUUUUUGACAAGGUUCCUCAUCUGGCCGUCUUGGAUUUGGCUGACGGGAGUUUUUACACCAAAUCAUUAUGUGGACCAAGCCCAUUUGUUAAGAUUGGAGUUUAUAACGGGAAACGAGUGGUCCUUGACGGUACAGAUGUGUUUCAAAAGUUUCUAGACAUUUCUUGUCAAUCCGUUAGAGCCACCGCUUUUCAUUAUGCUCCGUUUACCAUUGUGUCUGUGGAUGAAAAGGGCAAUCGUAGCUAUAGUGGCCUUGAGGUGGCCAUUUUCCAAACCACGGCAGAAAAAUUAGGCUUCUCGUACGUCAUUGAACCGCCGACAGACGGGGAAAUGUGGGGUCGCUUUACACCGCCCAAUCAUUUUUCCGGACUCAUUGGUGACCUUCAAUAUGAACGAGCUGAUAUUGGCUGGGCGGACCUUUAUCCAAGAUUGUACGAAAAAACUGGACUGAUUGAUUUCACUGAUGCCUAUGAUGUCGAUUAUUUCUGCUUUUAUGUCAUGAAACCCAAGCCUUUACCUAAAUGGAUGGCCUUGGGUUUGCCUUUGCAAAUGUGGACUUGGGUGGCUGCUUUGGGAACUAUGGUUGCUGCUCUCAUCUUUAUGUAUUUCUAUGGCUUCUGGAGUCAUUUAGAGUCCAAUAAUCAUGGAACAAGGACGUUUUUUCUCAUUGGAGCCAUGGUGGACGAAUCGCUGCCAGAAAUUCAGAUGAUAAAGUCUCAUGCUGGAAGACUGUUUCUGGCCAUAUUUCUAUUGUGCUUUUUCGUCUUGACCAUUGGAUAUCGAGGAGGGCUAGUAGCUAACCUUUCCAUUCCUACUGUACCUCGGCCAAUUGACACCAUUGCUGAAGUCGUUGAUGAUCCGAGACCAGUGAUAAGUUUUGGCGAGAACUUCCGGGAUGAUUUGUCUAAAAGUGACGACCCCAUAACCCGACAAAUACUGGAGAACUACAAAUUUCAUUACGAUUUUGAUGCGGCUUUCAAAAAUCUCAGUGAAGGGAAUGUGAUCAUGGCGGAAAGUUUGCAAAACACUCUCUACAAAAUUCGAUCCCAAUUCACCAACAAUUUUGGCGAGACCAUUAUCCACACCAUGAGCGAGUGCCUGACGCCUUACCGCGUAGCGUUUGCGGUUCAAAAAGAUAGCAUCUACAAAAGACCCAUGAGUCGAGUGAUCCAGAAGCUGAAGGAGGGAGGCUUUAUCAACAAGUGGUUAAAUGACGAAAUGGAUCUAGUGGCCAGAAUCCAGACCAAAGCUUCAGUUUUGUCCCGCACCGAGGCCACGCCCAUGACUCUGAACGAAUUCCAAGCGGCCUACCUGGUUUAUCUUUGUUUUAUUGGAUUGAGUUUGGUUGGCUUUUGUUUAGAACUAUUGUAUGCAAACAUACCCAAGACGAUUGUGGUGGGUCCACAAAAAUCAUUGGGGUCGGUAAGAUGGUUUUAGGGUGAUAGGGGCGAGGUAUGUGGUUUUUAUUGACCAAAUAUGUGCUUAUUCAUGAGGCUGAAAUGAUGUUUUGUGCAACGAAAACGAAAAAAUGUGUAGUUUUCACUUGCAUUUUUCAGUUAAAAACAAACAUUGUUUUAACGUACUGUUUUUUUAAGCAACUUCACAGCCCAUUUGGAAAACUUGAGGAUUGUGAUUGAACUACGUGUUUUAGUUGAACCAAAAAUGUUUCCACAGAAUAACAGUUUCUGCUAAGGAGACAAUUUUAUGGCGCCGACUGGUUUUUCGCUUCUCGCCUCUCCUUAAAUGGUGUAUGUAGAACGUCCAAAGUUAAAAAAAGGCUUUUAGGAGACGGGCAAUCUCUUCAAGACUGAGAGCUAAUGAUUGGAUGUUUUGAACAUUUGUAAAUAUUUUUUUUUGGCGUUUUCGCGAUCGAUUUGAUGAUUGGUAUUUUCCCAAUCGUAUCCCAUUGAUUUGAAUUUAAACUAAAUAUUAGGGGCGUUAUUGAUUGAGGUUUUGUUAGUACUUGGAACAAACUAUUACUUCGAAGCUUUUCAUUAGAGCUGACUUGUCACUGCAAAUUUGGCGCUAAUUCAAAAAACUUGCAUUUUGUUGUUAAAAUAUAUGUAUAUUUGAGGUGCUACACACUUCUUUUCCUCCCUGUACCUGAUAUCAAACCAAUCCUGUAUUUGAAUUUGCUACUCAAGCUCCCCAAACAUGUUUUACAGUUUUCCUCUUCUCGCCUCGGCUCCCGUCUUUAUCUCGUCCUUAUGUUUUGGAAUCGAUACUGGUUUACUGUUUGGAAAUCGUGCA